AGCUACAGCUGAAACCCAACACCUUUUGCAGAAGUGUUUUGAAAGGAAGAAAAACUGAAAAGAAUGGAGUCGUCCCAACUCCCAUGCCUUCAAGGGUAAAAUGGUCAUUUGGUUUAAUUAAUGGAGAACAGAGAUGAGAUGGGAGAAGCGGAAGGAGUAUUUUUUUUUUUUUUUUUUUUUUUUUUCUUUUUUUGCUUUUUCUUCCAGCCUAUAUCCCCGGAUUAUAUCUUUUUUUGUUCGAUAAUUACAUCCCCGGAUGAUCAGCUAAAAUUUUUCUGUAGCUUUCCACAAACGAAACUGCAGUUGGAUCGGAAAAGAGGAAGAGAAGGAAAAUAAUUUCCCCUUCUUUUUCCUCUAGGCUGUAUCUCGCAUUUAAAGGAACCCGAAAAACCAUAGUAAAACCCAACAAACCACCAAUCAAUCGAGCGUAUUGGUUUUUGUUGAACUCCAACCGCGUUUCUUUUUCUUUUUUUUCCCCCUUCUUUUUUCCUUUCGCAAAUUUCGAUGUGGAGAAGUGAACAACCAGAAGUUCCAAAUAUUCGAUUCUCUUCCGGUGUAGUCACAGGGAUUUCUCAUGGCAAAGCGAGUGUACGAAGUUUGGAAAGGAAGCAAUAAAUUCUUAUUUGGUGGGAGGCUAAUAUUUGGACCAGAUGCAAGAUCAGUUAUUGUCACUGUUUUGCUUAUUGUUGUUCCUAUCACCAUCUUCUGCACACUUGUUGCAAGGCAUCUGCGCCAUGAAUUUCCAGCAUAUAAUGCAGGAUAUGCAAUUCUGGUGGUAGCAAUUGUGUUCACCAUCUAUGUAUUGGGGCUACUUUUUAUUACAUCAGCCCGGGACCCAGGUAUUAUUCCACGUGCUUCACAUCCACCUGAGGAAGAGUUCUGUUAUGAAUCUUCUGCUUCAGUUGAAGCUGGUGGAAGGCAGACACCAAGCUUACAAUUCCCUCGGACCAAAGAAGUUAUGGUUAAUGGCAUGCCUGUGAAGGUGAAAUAUUGUGAUACAUGUAUGCUUUAUCGGCCGCCCCGUUGCUCCCAUUGCUCCAUUUGUAAUAACUGUGUGGAGCGGUUUGAUCACCAUUGCCCUUGGGUGGGCCAAUGCAUUGGAAUGCGCAAUUACCGUUACUUCUUCCUGUUUGUUUCUUCUUCAACUAUUCUUUGCAUCUAUGUGUUUGCCAUGUCAGCUUUGUACAUUAAGAUCCUCAUGGGUGAUUAUCAUGGAACAGUUUGGAAGGCAAUGAAAGAAUCACCUGCAUCAGUGGUGCUCAUGGCCUAUUGUUUCAUUUCUCUAUGGUUUGUUGGUGGUCUCACUGGUUUUCAUUUAUACCUUAUAGGCACAAAUCAGACCACAUACGAAAAUUUCCGUUACAGAGCUGACAGCAGGCCCAAUGUGUACAACCGGGGUUGUUUAAGUAACUUCCUAGAAGUAUUUUGCACAAAAACAAAACCAUCAAGGAACAAUUUCCGUGCUUUUGUACAAGAGGAGGUACCUAGGCCUCCCAUGGUCCGUGCUCGAGAACCAGAAGUAGAUGAAUCAAGUGGAGACCAACGUGCAAAGGUGGAAGAUGAUUUAGAGAUUGGUGGAGAUCUGUUAAAGAUCUCCCAGCGGCGUAACUUUGAAGAAGUUGAAGACAUACACAGUAGAGGUAGUAAUGAACACCAUGAUUCCUCAGAGGCUGACUUUGUUUUGGGUUCGGAUUCACAAGUGCCAGCUGCUCGACCAGAGGCACGCCACUCCAGUUGGGGUAGGAGGAGUGGAAGCUGGGAGAUCUCACCUGAUAUUCUGGCAAUGAACUCUGGGGUCAACGAAAGCAGAAGCUUUGGCACAAAGAAGGAACAACAUUAAGGCAUUGCUUAUUUGAUUCCAUGUGAUCUGUGCAAGUAUCACGAUGCCACAUUAACUGAAUACUCCAUGUUCUUUAUGUUGACAUUGAGGGCUUCAUUCAUGUCAUGGUUGGUGAGCUAUCCGUAGAUCAGAAAACCAUUCAGGAGCCCCUGGAAAUUGAUUUAAAUUGCUUCCUUGAGGUAUAAAUCUUGUACUACCCCUUUCCGGGGUGCAUUCUCUCAACAUUUCUUUUAGAGGCGAGUAGGAAUGUGUGUUGUAAGUAAUUAAUGUAGGGGAAAAAGUGUUUUGCCUUUUCUUGUUUUCUUUUCCUUUUUUUUCUUAGCUUGGUAUUGUGCAACAGUACGUUAGUAAACGUGAGGAUUUGUGAAUCUUUCUAGUGCUGGCUUGAUUCUUUGUGUAAUUAGCACUGCAUGGAAUGUCUUAUGAUUCCGUUUUUUUUGUC